AUGGUGAAACUGACAAGAUCCGAGAUUUCCCAGGCGUACCUGCCCUCCUGCCACGGGACCUACAGCUGCAUUCACGGCAGAGCUCGUUUGGCCAAUCACGAUGAACUAAUUUCCAAGUCAUUCCGAGGACAUCAUGGACGAGCAUACCACUUUAAGUCAGUAGUUAAUGUGGGCUGUGGCCCUGCAGAAGAGAGAGGGUUGCUCACAGGACUGCAUGCAAUUGCAGACAUUUACUGUGAAAACUGCAAAACUAUGUGGGGCUGGAAAUAUGAAAGCAGCCAGAAAUAUAAAGAAGGCAAAGCCAUCAUUGAACUAGCACACAUGAUCAAGGACUAUGGCUGGGACUGA